AUGCCAGAGGGUUUAAUACCAGUAUUUGUUUUUCCUAAUUGUUUAAAAUUUAAUUUAUCUGAUCAGUCUACUCACAAGCAGGUUUUGACAUUAUAUAAUCCAUAUGAUUUUCCAGUUAGAUUUCAAGUCCUAUGUUCAUCCAGAGAUAGACAUAAAUAUACUGUGGUCGAUCCUGAGGGAAAAAUACAAACACAUUGUUGUGUUGAUAUUGUCAUUCGUCACAAUUCUCUUUCAAAUCAAAAUGUCGGCGAGACUGAUAAGUUCAGAAUACAAAUGUAUCAAUUUGCUACAAAUAAGUUGAUUGGUAAAAAAGAUAUUGUAGCUGAAUUAUGUGCAGAAGAAACAGAAAAUCAAACUCCCGAAAGAGAAUCAUUUCAGCAACUUCCGACAAACACUUCAGCUCAACCGCCUGCUCAAUACUCAUUAUCCAAGAAGCAGGGGCCACCUAAUGGUUUGUUUAUAAGUGUUGCCAUUAUAUGCGCUACAAUAUUGCUCUUACCUACUGCCGGUGAAAUCUCUGUGAUUAUACCUGAAUAUUUAAAACCGACAGUUCAUUUAAAAUUAGUUGUUUCAUAUGUUUUAGGAUUAGUAACCAUGGUGCUUUUAAGACCUGCAUAA